AUGCAGUGUCUGGAUGAUUACUUCGCACUUUGGUCAACCGGAAUAGAAAAGCUGGAAGAUUUUCUGAAGUCUACAAAUCAGAUUGAUGAAAAAAUUAAAUUCACGAUGGAAGUAGAUGAAGGUGAGCGGUUACCUUUCCUGGAUGUUGAAAUGAUUUUCCCUAAAGGGGCGAUCAAGAUGCGUUUAACUGAGUCGCCCUGA